GUAAGUGAGUGAGAGAGCGAGAGAGGAAGAGUGCAGGGUGCGCUCCAUCCACAGCCUCAGUACACCGGACGCAUCUUCCACCAGCUCUCUGCUGUGGUCCAGUUCCGUUUUCACCGGGUUUUACAGUUGGUGGAUAUAGCAUGGAUACGAUUUAAGACGCACUACCGAGCCGUCAGCAGUUUCACUUGCUAAAAAGAACAAAUUAUCUUAAAGCUCGUCCGGCUGAAGUCAGAAUAAUGAUGGAGUAUUGGAGGCAAUGCGCGCUGUGGUUAAUAAACUGCAAGGUGCUUCCAGCUAACCACCGGGUUACAUGGGAAUGUGCUCAGGUAUUUGACUUGGCCCAAACCCUCCGGGAUGGAGUCCUCCUGUGCCAUCUGCUCAACAACCUGAGACCCCAGUCCAUCAACCUGAAGGAAAUCAACCUCCGACCGCAAAUGUCACAGUUCCUGUGCCUGAAGAACAUCAGGACUUUCCUGGCAGCGUGCAGCGAUGUAUUCGGCAUGAAGAAAGGCGAGCUGUUCGAGGCCUUUGACCUGUUCGACGUCAGGGACUUUGGAAAGGUUAUGGACACACUAUCUAAACUUUCCCACACAGCGACUGCGCAACAAACUGGAAUCAGGCCCUAUCCAUCCGAGGAGAGUGUCGAAGAUGAGGAUAUCUACAACCACCUGGAGGACCUUAUAGACGAGAACGGGGUAGAGGAUGAGGAGGACCUGUACGACUGCGUGUACGACGAUGAAGAUGGUGGAGAGAUCUAUGAGGAUCUAAUGAAGACAGAGGCCAUCCCUCCUCCUGCAUUCCAGAAGCAAGCAGAGACCGACAUCAGGAGUUGCUGUUUAACAGAGAUCAAGCAGACAGAGGAGAAAUACACUGAGACCCUGGAGUCUAUAGAGAAGCACUUUAUGACGCCCCUCACAAUGUUUCUAUCCAUGGCCGAGAUGGAAAAGGUGUUUGUGAAUAUCCCGGAACUGGUUAAAGUUCACAAAUGUUUACUGUCGGAAAUCCAAGACUCAGUCUCUCACAGAGGUGCACAGAACCUGCACCAGAUCUUCAUCACUUUCAAAGAAAGAUUGUUGAUCUAUGGGAAAUACUGCAGCCAUGUGGAAACAGCCAUUGUUAGUUUGGAUGACAUCUGCAAAGAUAGAGAGGACGUACGCAUGAAGCUUGAGGAAUGUUCAAAGAGAGCCAACUACGGCAAGUUCACGCUGAGGGAUCUGCUUGUGGUUCCUAUGCAGCGAGUCUUAAAGUAUCCGCUCCUCCUGCAGGAGCUGGUGAAACACACUCAUGAUGCCACCGACAAGAGUAAUCUGCGGACAGCAUUAGAUGCCAUGAAGGACUUGGCUCAGUAUGUCAACGAAGUCAAGCGAGACAAUGAGACGUUACGAGAAAUAGAUCAGUAUCAGAAAUCCAUCGAAAACCUGAAUCAGACUCUGAGUAACUACGGGAGACCCAAAGGUGACGGGGAGGUCCGGGUGGCCUCGGUGGACAAACGAGCUAAACAGGACAGGCACAUCUUCCUGUUCGACGCGGCGGUGAUCGUUUGUAAGCGGCGAGGAGACAACUACGAGAUGAAAGAAGUGAUCGACCUGCACCUCUUCAAGAUCACCAACAACCCCACAUCGGACAAGGAAAACCGAAAGUGGUCCUACGGAUUCUACCUCACUCAUAACCAGGGCCAGAGCGGCUUUGAGUUCUUCUUCAAGACCAAAGAGCUGAAAAAGAAGUGGCUGGAGCAGUUUGGCAUGGCCAUAUCCAACAUCCGGCCUGAGAAUGCCACAAACAACUUCCAUGAGUUUAAUAUGCACACCUUCGAACGGAUCACCUCCUGCAACUCUUGCCACAUGCUGCUGAGGGGUGUCUUUAACCAGGGCUACCUGUGCUCCAAGUGUGGUUUGGGUGCCCAUAAAGAAUGUCUCGGCCGCUUUGGCAGCUGUGGAAAAACAGAUCCUGGCUCCGUCAGAACUCAGGGCAAAGAUCGAGAUCCAGGUCUGCCCAAGAUGCUGGUAAUCAGGAACUACUUCGGGGUGCCGAGCCCUACGUCUGGUCCAGCACUCAGCAUCCAGACUGGUGACAUCAUCGAAUUAAUCUGCGCCGACCUUCACAGCCCCUGGUGGCAGGGCAAAAUCCUGACGACGAAAGAGGUUGGCUUCUUUCCAAGCGACGCUGUGAAGCCAUGCCCAUGUGUCCCGAAGCCUGCCGAUUACACCUCUCAAGCUUGGUUUGCAGGGCCCAUGGAGAGGCUCCAGGCAGAGACGGAGCUCAUCAACAGGGUCAACAGCACAUACCUGGUCCGCCAUCGCAGCAGAGAGUACACAGAGUACGCCGUCAGUAUAAAGUACAACAACGACGUGAAGCACAUAAAGAUCCUGACCAAGGACGGCUGCUUCCACAUCGCAGAGAACAAGAAGUUCAGGAGCAUAUUAGAACUGAUUGAGUACUACAAACACCAUUCCUUGAGAGAAGGUUUUAGGAGUCUGGACACCACACUGAAGUUUCCUUACCGGGAACCGGAGAACGCUGCUAUGCACCGCCUCAACCGGUCGAGUAGCAACAUGUUUACGCCAAAGGUGAUUGGUGUGGCGAUCGCGCGGUACGACUUCAGCUCACGUGACACCCGGGAGCUUUCGCUGCAGGAGGGCGACGUGGUUAAGAUCUACACAAAGUCCGGAGCCAACGGCUGGUGGAGGGGCGAGGUCAACAGCAGGGUCGGCUGGUUCCCAUCCACGUACGUAGAGGAGGGUGAGGAGUGAAAGGUCCAACGUGAGGAAGAAGAGUAAAAUAAAGGAAAAACGGCAGCAGUGGAGUAAACAAACUAUGAACACAUAAGUAGCAAAGACUGAGCUUCUGCACCGCUGCCUGCCCCCGUGUUACUUUUCAGAGCGAAGCACUCUCCUCGAUGGAGUCCUGUUGCCGACAACCAUCCCAGAAGCCUUUGGGAGAGAAAAGGGCUACAGCACGCUACAGAUGCGAAGAUGCCCCAUCAUUUCUGGUUGACUCUGUGUGGCUAAGUGACUCCACCAACUAGCAGCUUGCCUGUCAGCGGGGCUGAAGCCCUCGCCAGACACCCCCUCCUCCCUCCAUCGAUCCAUAAUUCACCCUGCGCUCCCUUCCUCAGCCAGCCAGCCCCCAACUCCCACCUGUUUCUGCUUGCCAAGUCGGCCGUCGCCAGUCUGUCAAAAGUAGAUACUCAAAUGCUACUCCUCCAUUCAUGCACUCAUCCAUCCACCCAUACAAGCAUCCAUCCUCCCUACCACCCCCUGUGGGAAUAGAGCCAUCUGAGGCGGAAAAGAUCAACACUGUAUUAUGUCCCCUUCUCUCUCUGAAGGGAUUUCAGUUAGUUUUGACCUUGCCUGUGCGUUUCUGCCAUUAAUGCAGGUGGUUAUUGAUGACUUCAUGACCCAGAUUUACACACACACACACACACACACCACCCACCUCUCCUCCCCUUCAGAUUAUGAUCGCCUCACACGCGCUCUUACGGGAGAUGUAAGAGAGGGAUGGCGUUGGAUAGCAUCGCUCCGCAGUGCCAGCAAUUGAUCGCUGUUGUUCCUAUUUUCCUCCCACCUCCUACAUUCUUUAUCUCCAGCCCAGCCUCUCAUGUUUUCAGUUGUCUUAGCCGUUAGCGAUCCUCUGUUCUUAUCGGUGGCGGCUCCGUCGACAGGAGCCCGUUCGCCAAGGGUUUAUCUUAUUGGAGGCAUUAGCGGCCUGUCGGGGGAACGAGCCACACUACCUAAAAGCCACCUGUUCCCUUAACAUGAGAAAAAGAAAAGAGAAGCAGAGGAAACACAAACGCAGCCCUUAUUCCUCAAUUUCUCUGCCUCACUUUCUUUGCUUUGUUUGAUUGAUUGCAUUCUUGAACAAGUGAGAAAUACGGCAUUGAUGGUGUUUGGGGGGUUAUCUACCCAGAUCAGUGUGUUUUAUCAUCAUCUUCCUACUAUAACUGCUAUUUUAGAGCCUUUUUUUUCACUCAAGAAUAUAAUUUGGGCAGAACACCUGCAAUUUAGGGGAUUUAUUAUUUAGGUAUUAAUACUUAAAUCCAAAAGAACUGAUAUCAGCAAUCAAACCUUUUUCCACUGCUCAUAUCUUCCUGCUAACUGUCUUCCCUCUCCCUUCCUGUGUUCCCCCCUCACCCCCUGGAUACAUUGUGCACACUGUCUCCUUAAUCCACAGUGAAAUAAAUAACUGUACAGACUUUACACACUUGUAAUGUUAACACACCAAUAUAAAGUCACAGACAGAGUAGGAAGGCAAGUGUACACAGAAUCCAAAUAAUUAUCAAUGUAUGUCAGGAGGUGAGAACAGAAAGUCUCCAGCAGUUGGCCGUGUUGCCAGGAUGUUGAGUCUCUCUUUCACAGAGAACUACAACACUUUGUGUUUGAAAUAUGUACAUAUUGAAAUGUAAUUGGAUUCACGGUUGCUGAUUCCUUUUCAGACAAUAGGCAGAAGGCAGGCAGAAUCCUUGAAAAAUGUCUUCUUUCUCUAAAGCUGUUCUUUGGCUAUAUUUCUUAUUUUCCCCUUAUAUAGAGACUUUCACACACGCCUACACAUGACAUUUUAAAAACCAUCCAUCUCUUUUAUGUUAAGUGAAACUAUUAAGUACAUAAAAUACAAUAUCUGUCACACAUAUUGGGGGAGUUUACUAAGAGGCAGCAUUCUUGAGUUGACAACUUAAGUGAAAACAUGUAUCAGACAUUGAAUACAGUCAAAACCUUCACAGCUAAUAGAAAAGUUAGAGCAUUCAAAGCUCUCCUCCCCCCCUGCCAUUUCUUCAUUGUGUCCAUGCCAUUGGGUGUUCUGUCAGGAAUAUAUUUUGUGAGUAAGACUUUAUUGUAAAGAUAUGCUUUUGUAUGUUGUUAAUGGAGCCAUUAUGUUCGGAAACCCCUUAAUACCCCCCUGCCAGCCCUGGCACUCCAUGCCAUUAUAAUAUGUACAACAACAUAUUUCUUUCGUUCUCAGUCAUAUUGUUGAACACUGGACUGAAGAAAUGUGUCAAAAAGAAUCGCCCUAAUGCAUCGCUCCAAAUGUUGUAUUAUCAUCAGUGUCAUUAAGUGACCACUAGAUGGAAGCAUCCUAAACACAUCUCCUCUCCAAGCCAGUCACCUUCGACUUGUUUAAAUUUGGAGAUGAUGUCAUCUGAUUAGGAGAUGAACAAUAUUUAAGGAAACAUUUAGCAUCAGGCUUGUUGCUGUGAGUGAGAGGGAAGUUUUAAAACACACACGAUUAAGUGUUCUAAAGAAGGGAACAGUGAGGAUUAGUAAUGCAGGCAGACUUAAAAACAUGCAUACAAACAUUAUUUGUAUUGGGGAGUUUCAUGACUUCCAUCAUGUUAUCAGAUUCCCUGACUUCAAAAUGUUCCAGGAACUUCACGUCCUUAUGUUUCCUCUCCUCCUGCUCUCUAAAAAUGUCUUCAGUCUCUGAGCAGUGAAACAUUACAUUUAUAAAAUCUUUAGGAAAUCUGCGGUGAGGCGACGACGCAAAUGUGAUCCAGCACAAGCCCUUCUCCUGUCUUGGGAGAACUGGAGAGGCAGAGUAGGCUUCUCUAAUCUCAGACUCCGGUAAUCCACUCCCGCACUCCUCCUCCACCCAGAUGAACUCUGACAGCUGGGCCAUUUACAACUGCAGGCCUCCCUCCACUCCUAGUGCGCUUCCAGAUUUUUUUUUGUGUGCUGGAGGGACGGGAGGAAGGCUCAAGGGUAUCUGUGAUCUAAUCAUUACACCAUCUCCUCACCCCAGCGACCCCGCUGAAUCCAUCUCUCUGUCGGCUCCUCUCCCUCGCUCUAUCUCACCUUGUCACUUCCCUUCUCUCUCUCUCUUUACUGCUCUCUUUCCCCAUCUAUCUUUCAUCCAAUCUCUGUCUUCUCUCUGUAUUCUGUCCCUCACCCCGAUGCUCUGUAGGCUGUAACUGGCGCUGCUGUAUGUUGGCGGGAGGAGAAUAGAAGAUUCAGUAUUAUCAGGAGAGGCGGAUUCUCUAUAAACAACCACAGCAAAACGAGGACUAGUUUAGUUUGACCACAAACUCAGACUGGGAGAAAUGAUGGCAAUUACAUGGUGAAUUAGAAUUCGCUUUCACCUCUGUCAUCUCCCAUAUACAGUGUGUGCACAGAUUCUGUCUAUAUGCAGAGGCACACACCGUGUACGUGUGAAGACAGGUUCUGGGAGGAUUAAGGGGCCGGGCAGGUCUUCACCCAGCAGGGGUUUUAGGAUGAAAUCUUCUCAACCAACAUGGGAGGACAUUUCUGUAGUAACCUGAGCAGAACAUAAUACACUAUACUAUCAUCCGUACAUGAAGAAAACAUGCCAUUGUUCCCAUCCAUAACCCAUUGACACAUCAUCCACCCCUCUCUGUGGUACAUAUUGCUAUCAGCGCUCACUCCUGACUGAAGUUUGCAUUCAGUGUGUUCUGUUAUCCCCACGAAGCCAAAGAUGUAUGCUGUACUUACUGUACACUCAGUGUUCUGUGUCUCAUAACCACGGUACCCGACCGCUGUGGCCUAACUCUAAAACCGUGCAAUCUCGACUGUGUAGCAUUACCGUGUAUUGUUGCUGUACUAUACUGUAAAAUAUGUACAUAGCAUAUAAUAAAGAUAUACAUUGCUUCUUCUAA